AGGGUGGAAGAGGCCUGGUUGGAUGGAUGCAUGGAUGGAUGGAGCUGACCCAGAUGAUCUAUCCCCACCCUUGGUGGACCCCCCAGCUGAGGCCCCCUCAACUGAGGCACCCCCAGCUGAGGACCACCAACCUGACAGCUUCCAAACUAAGGCUACCCCGGCGCGGGCGGUGCUGAGGGAGCUGAGGGUCUCCAGCAUCACCCACAGCUCCGUGGGGCUGCAGUGGAGCGUCCCCGAGGGCCCCUUUGACUCCUUCACACUGCAGUACCGGGAUGCCCAGGGCCAGCCCCAGGCCCUGCCCAUCGAUGGCGAGUCCCGCUCGGUGACGGUGCCGGGGCUGUCCCCGUCCCGCCGGUACCGCUUCCACCUCUAUGGGCUGCGGGGCGGGAAGAAGAUCGACCAUGUCUCCACUGAUGUGAUCACAG